AUGGCUGCGGGGCAGUCGGCCUUCCACCCGCCCUUCCUACCCAUCCCGCUGUUGCGUCCUCCCGCAUCCCAUCCCUCCCCACCACCUCGGACCCGAGCUCCCGUAGAUCCCUUCCAUGUCCCCUCCCAUCUCCCCCGCCCAACACCUCCUUUCCCCGGUCCCACCCUCCCCCCUUCACCCUUCUUGUACACUCUUUCCUUGGCAGCAGCUUCACUCGUUCGUGGUUGGUCUUUCCCCCCCCCUUCACCCCCUCCCCUCCCCGCCCUUCCAAAACCCAUCCACCCAGAUCCGCAGCAGCACCGACUGCAUUCCCCGUUGCUCUUCUGGCAGUACACGCCACGUGUGUUUGUGUAUCAGCUGAAUGAGGACGGCCCAGAGGACGACGACGAGGGCGAGGAGGGGGUCCCUAGCUAUCGGGAGCUGGUGCUGCCAGCGGCGGACUUGCAAGGCCAAUGGGAGUCCCUCCAUUACGACAGCGCCAUCAAGCAGCGGCUGCUGAGCUACGCCACCUCCGCACUCCUGUUCGCGGACCGGGGGGUGAAUAACAACCUUGUGGCGUGGAACCGGGUGGUUCUUCUGUACGGACCUCCUGGCACGGGCAAGACGUCCUUGUGCAAGGCUCUUGCGCACAAGCUGAGCAUCCGCCUAGGGGACAGGUAUUUGCGUCACGGGUGCCUCGUGGAGGUCAAUGCCCACUCGCUUUUCUCAAAGUACUUUAGCGAAAGCGGAAAGCUGGUCAGUCGUCUGUUCUCCAAGAUCACUGAGCUGGUGGAGGAUCUGGACAGCCUGGUGUUCGUGUUAAUAGACGAGGUGGAGAGCCUCACGUCGGCAAGAAAAGCGGCUGUUGCCGGGUCCGAGCCUUCCGACGCCAUUCGCGCCGUCAAUGCGCUCCUCACCCAGCUUGAUGCCCUCCGCCGCUACCCCAACGUCAUGGUGCUCACCACAUCCAACAUCACACAAGCCAUUGAUGUGGCCUUUGUCGAUCGAGCCGAUAUAAAGGCUUACAUUGGACCCCCAACCCUUGCGGCGCGGUACGAGAUGCUUCGAGGCUCCGUACAGGAGCUAGGACGAGCGGGAAUUAUUGCGGGUGAGCGAGUGAUCGACGCUGCCGUCGGCGUCGCCAACGGCUGCGGCAGCUCCGGAGCCGCGGGUACGGCAGCGGCGGCCGCUGCGUCACCGUCAGCGUCCCUGAGCGCUUUGCUGUUGGCCGCGGCGGCGGCUUGUGAGGGCCUCAGCGGCCGUACUUUGCGCAAGUUGCCUUUUUUGGCACACGCCGGCAGCCCUCAGCUGGCCCAGAUGGUGCCGUGUGGCGGCAGGCAGUUCCUUCGGGCGUUACGGGAGGCGGCGGCGAGAGAACAGUCUGACAGGUCGCAGCUGCUGAGCAGCUGA